UUUAAUAGCUAGGCCAUCUCUUUCAAAGCGGCCCCCACUGUGGUUGACCUCGGCUAGAGAGAAUGGAGAAAUCUUUCACCUAGAGCUGCCUGCGGGGCUAGAGACAAAACUUCUUCGCCUAAGCAGUGGUGAUGGUGGAUCUGUUAGCAGCCUUGCGUUGGGAAUUGGAUGUAACAGUGAGGAUACGGGAUACUCCUCUGAUCAGGACCUAAACACAUCUGAACACUCUUGCAUGAAUGUUUUUAAGCCUGAGGCAGUAAUAAAAAAUGAAUUUAGCAACAUUCACCAUCCCAAAAGUGGAAACACACGUUAUAAUAGCCCCAGAAUAUCACUGUCAUCUGUUUCGUCAGUUUUCUCCCAUUCAGAAGCCCAUGAAAAAGGGAGACAUCAAGACUUUUUUUCAUCAAAACGUAAAGCCUUCGACUCUUCUGUUAAAUCUCUCUCUAAUGAAGAGGCUUGCGACGAUGGAAUAUUUUUAAACAAAUCAGAUCUUAGAUCCAGUAAAACUAGCAGCAUCUCAACAAACUCUAGGUCUUCCUUUGGAAUAAACAAUUUUAAUGAUGGUAAAUUAUUACCUAGACCUGAGUUGACUAGAAAUAGCAAAUUAAAAAGUAAACCUUCUGGAGGAUUAAGUUUGAGUACUAAAAAGAGACAUGACAGUUUCAUUGAUUGGAAAACAGUGAAUGUUGAUGUUAAGGUGAAUGCAUUAAAAAGCAGAGAACCAUUACAGAGUUGCCAUAGUGCAACAGGGGCUGUUUUGUGUGAGCAGAUUCUUGGAAUUAUUCCCACGUGUAAUGAGGACAGCCACAUCAUGGGGAGGAAUCAAAGUCCAGAAGUGAUAGUCAAGGCCUUGACAUCUGAUUGUGAUAGUGCCUUAAGCUCAGAGGCCAUUGUGGGUAGCUGGUUGCAUAGCAUUAACGGACAAGAACUUACUUGGUACAAUAUGGACACAUUACUCUCUAGUUUGUGUAAGCUUAGAAAGGUGAGGCUGACUCUGAAGUCAUUGAAACCUGAAAACUCGACGGUUGACUUUGAAGGCCUGGUUCACAUACUGACCUCAGAUUCUCAUGACCAGCUGGUUCUGGAUAACAUGGCGGCUAUGUAUAUAUCCCUGGAGGGUGUCAGUCCUGAUGAUCCCACCAACACCAAGGAUGGUUUAGCGUACAGCUUUCCCUCUGAGAAGAACUGUCUUCAUCAACUGCAAGGCAUGUUCUACACACUAGCACAUUUGAUUAAAGACAUCAAUAAGACAAAUUCUAUCAAAAACACUGUUUUGAUGGUUGAUAAACAGAGAAUGAAUGUAGCCUAUCUCCAAGAAUGUAGUGAUAUUCUAGUCUUUGCCAUGCCUGCUUCAAUUAUUUCAAUAUCCCAACUCAAUACCCUGUUAAAUGAGUAUGCCAGAUUUUUUAGACUGCUAUUUGGCACGCUUGAGUCAGUUUUCUGCAAUAAAUCACACACUGCCUUCCUUGACGCAGUUCUCACGUACCUGUUUCGGCAAGUGUUGCAGGCAACCUUGUCAUCUGCCUCCCUGUCAGCUGGGUCAGUGUUCAAGCAAAAGUUGAGUGUGGAGGCUUCUCCCUUUAUCAGACACUCACAGCAUGUGCCGUCUUUAGGUCUCACUGAUGACUUAUCAAUAGUUUUUGAAAAGAUUAUGAAUGAAUUUGAAUCUUCUGAUUUUGCAAAUAUGUCUGAGUGCUACUAUGGCUGUCGGCGCCAGUACAACAUCCUCGGGUCAGCUUACAUCUACUCUGGUCACCUCGUCUGUAGCCACCUAUCCCCCCAGGAUUUACGCGAUGUGUACGUGUACCUGCAACAUCUGGGUAUACUGGACGUGACGUCCCGCUCUAGUGUUGCUCACUUUGUGGCCUGGAGAGAGGUGUACCCCACCAGGUUUUGUAGCGACAUCGCGGAGAUCAACAACAGCUUCGGCUACUCCGAGCCUAACUCUAGGUGGUGUCUGCUUGUUGUUGGCCUCAAACAUGGUCUGUUCUGUUGUUUGUUAGAAACCAUCAAACUCUCAACACUAAACCCAACCCCUUUAACCGCUGAUGUGUUCUAUGUAGAGCAAGCAAAAGCUUGCCUGUUACAGCUACAGGCUCCACAAUUACUCACAGAACUGAAUCUCAGAGUGAGUAAGGAGUCACAAUCUGACUUCACCAAGUCUGACUACUGCGCCACCUAUGUUCACACUAAUGGUGAGAAGACAGCGCAACUUUUUAUUGAUAAUCAGAAGCAGAGAAGCCCAAGCAGUUCUUUUAUGCUGUCUAUGCAUUCUGAUUGGAGAUCACAUGUGGAUAAUCCUUCACUUAUCAACAGUUUUAAAACCCCUGAUUCUUCUUUCAAGCAACUGAAUAUUUUAUCUGUCAUGCAGGAGUUAGUUUAG